AUGAGCGCGCAGGUCUCCAGCUCCUACAAGGAGGGCACCUUCCUGUUCACCUCGGAGUCUGUGGGGGAAGGACACCCAGAUAAGAUUUGUGACCAGAUCAGUGAUGCUGUUCUUGAUGCCCACCUUCAGCAGGACCCUGAUGCCAAAGUGGCUUGUGAAACUGUUAUUAUUAACACUGGACUGGUUAUUCUUGCUGGGAAAAUUACAUCCAGAGCUGCCAUUGACUACCAGAAAGUAGUUCAUGAUACCAUCAAGCACAUUGGCUAUGAUGAUUUUUCCAAAGGAUUUGACUACAAGUCUUGUGCUGUUCAGGUGGCUUUGGAACAACAGUCACCAGAUAUUGCUCAAGGGGGUCACCUUGACCUGAAUGAGAAGGAGGUUGGUGCAGGAGACUACCAGGGCAUGGUGUUUGGUUAUGCCACUGACGAAACUGAAGAAUGUAUGCCUUUAACCCUUGUCUUAGCCCACCAGCUCAAUGGCCGGCGUGAGCACCGCAUUUCCUUUCAACAGCCGGCCUCCGAGGAAGCCUUGCCCAGCCCCCUGGCCAUGUAUCCCUUCUCUAAGCCCGGUUUUGCUUUUGUGCUCAUGGUUACGUCCACAGCGGCCGAGGCAGGGAUCGGCGACACCUAUUCCAGCAAGUCUGCAUAA